GAAGAAAGAGACAGGGAGGGAGGAGGGAGAGCGGGCGAUAAAAAAAGAAAGAUGACAUCCUCGCAGCUGAACGGCCGAGGUGGAGCGGGAGGCUGCGGCCCGGCGAGAGCGCCGCUCGCCGCGGUCAGGGCUUGAAUCCAGCGGCGAGGCUUCGACCGAACCCCGACGGCCUAGCGCGGCUCCGGGAACCGGACACAAAUAGACUCAUAAAUCAAAAACAAGCAAAGCAUGACCUGCCGUUUUGACAGAUAUUACAACUCAUAUUCGGUCUCUUGCGUGGAAAGCAGAGCAUUUAUUUCACUGUUUUGUGCGCGACGCUGAAGAGUAAAACUGCAGCGGCUCGGUUUUUAGUAUCAUUACUGUUUCUGGUUGUUUUCAGGAAACUCCCGUGGGCUGAUUUCUGCGUGUUUAGCGAGGUUUGGGGUCAUUUGUGUGUCUGUAAAGUAUUAAAGUUGAAAGCAGGAGGCAGCAGGCCGAUCCUGGACGGGGCCUGCUCCACCUCUGCAGCCUGCGUUGCUCCCACAGCUGCGUGCGUCUCAACCCACAGCUCUACCUCAAUGAGAAAACCAGAUUUCAGCACACGGCUUUGGCUUUGUUCGCGCUUUACGACAGAACCGGGGAGCCCAUCGCUCCCGCUGCGGGCCGGGCCUCCGUCCGCGUCCCGAUCGCCACCGGAGGGGCCCAUCCGAGCCAUGCAAAGGCGGCUCAGGAGCUGACUUCAUAAUCUCCACCGCUGUCUGUGGCGCAAAAUGGAUGCUGCUUGGAGCAAUUUUCUCUUCCAGAGUACUCCCACCCAAAACCAAGUGGAGGGGAGCCUCCAAUCAGAGCUCAUGCAAGUGCAUACGAGUUCUCCCCAGACCCCACCCACAGAGCACAUAGCGCAGCCUCCUUCCACUGUGGACACCACGGCUCUGAGUGAGGAACCCCUGCCUGAGCCGGUGAAGCCAGCGCCUCGGCCGGCCCGUGUGCAACACAUCUGUGCCAUCUGCAACAAGCAGUUCAAGAACAACUACAACCUGCGGCGGCACCAGUCGGUCCACACUGGGGUACGCAUGAAGGACAGGGCCAGAGUGCAGGCGGAGGGAGCAAAGGAGGGAACCGCCGGCCAGGUGGUGGCGGCGGCCCCGCCGGCCAUGGCGGUGGGGGCCGGAGGGAGGGCGGAGAGGCCCACUGUGCCCCUCUCCCUGCUGCACCUCUCCGUGCCUCCCCCUCUCGCCCCUCCCGGCGUGCUGGCGGGCGCCCAGCAGCCUCCCCUGGGCGGUCAGGAUGGCGAAGGGGUUGCCAUGCCAAACGUCAUGGCUACUGUUAACCCUCAUGCUCCGCCUCCUGCUGCUGUCGUCAUGGCCACAGGGGCGACAGUACAGCGGCCCGCCAAUCCCAACCCCAACCCCGUGAAGAAGAACCACGCCUGCGAGACGUGCGGGAAGGCCUUCCGGGACGUCUACCACCUCAACCGGCACCGGCUGUCCCACUCGGACGAGAAGCCCUUCUCCUGCCCCAUCUGCCAGCAGCGCUUCAAGAGGAAGGACCGCAUGAGCCACCAUGUGCGCUCCCACCAGGGCGGCGUGGAGAAACCCUACAUCUGUCCUCACUGCGGCAAGGCUUUCUCCAGGCCUGACCAUCUCAACAGUCACGUCCGGCAGGUGCACUCCUCAGAAAGACCCUUCAAAUGUCCGACUUGUGAGUCGUGUUUUGCCACCAAGGAUCGCCUGCGAGCCCACAUGAUCCGUCACGAGGAGAAAGUGCCGUGCCACAUCUGCGGGAAGCUCCUGUCCGCCGCUUACAUCACCGAUCACAUGAGGGUGCACAACCAGUCGCAGCACCACGUCUGCCACCUCUGCAACCGCAGCUUCACCACGCUGACGUAUCUCCGCGUCCACGCCCAGAAGCACCACGGCCAGGAGUGGAAGGAGAGCCCCGGCGGCUUCGGCGGCACGGCCUCGGGCGGCGUCCUCGUCUGCCACUUGUGCGGCGUCCAGUGUAAGACACCCACCCAGCUCCAGGGCCACAUGGGAACCCACAGCACCAGCCAGGCCGCACCGACCCCCGUCACCUCUAACGUGGCCGCCAGCAGCUCCGUCUCCCUUAGCAACAUGGUGACGGCGGCGCCCACAGUGUACGUCACCGGGAACACGGUGGUGGACCUGCUCGUCACGGACUGCUCUAGCAUCGCGGCGCCGCAGUCCCACAGUUAGCAGGAUGGAUCAGAAGCGAGUCCCGGGACGGUUACAUGUUGAUUCUGAUCCGGUUUAAUGUUUUAUUUUCCGUUUUUAUUCAUGUAGGUAUGUCUAAAGAAGAAGUAGGCGUUUCCAAAGAAAGACGUUUCACAAGAGCCACACAUGAUUGGACAAGCAAAAAAAAACGACCACGCCUGAUUGGACGAGUAAAAUCAAGUGAAAAAUGAUUGGUUUAGCAAUCAAAGUAGCCGUUUUUCAAGAAGCAAGGCGAAAUUAACUUCCGUCAUUCGACAAUUUUUUUUAAAUAUCGUUAGCUAACUCAUCCGGUAUCGGAUUCUCACUUAUUUAGUCAAUUUCACGACCUUGCUGUUAUAACAAGGUAGAAGACUUAUUAAGCGCUUACAUAUAAUAAUGGGAGGGUGAUUGUGUUAGCCGGUCGGACAUUACCUUGUCUUACUUGAGAACGUCCGGUUACAUUUCAAAGUAAAAGCAUCAACAUAAAUCAUGUUUUAAUAACAAACAAAUUUGAUUUUUUUAAAGAGAUUUUAUCAGUAAGUGGGCUAAAUUUUGUCUAAAUGCAAAAUUUGCUUUUACAUGAAAAUAAAUCCGUUUUUGUUAUUGAAAUAAUGUGAAACUGACAUAAGUAGCUUAAAACAAAUAAAUAAAAAUACAAUUAUCAUUCAAAAAACAGUGUUACUUAAAUUGGCCUUGAGAUCUUCUUCAAUUUCUUAUCUUCUAGUUCAAAUUUUAGUUUAGUUUAGUUUAAAUUUAUUAGGGACAGUGCACAUUAAUGAACAAUCAAUACUUCUGUACAGGCUGUAAAUGAACCAGAUUAUAGCAUAAUUGCUAAUUUCCAUCUGUAGUCCCAAGACAGGAAGACCUAAACAACCAAAAGACAUUAUAAACAUACAAUCAAGAAAUCACAUUCACAAAAGAUACAUUAAAAAGUUAAUUAUAAUGAGAACAUGUCUGGGAAAUUUUAAUAAACAAAGCAGUCACCACAGAUGAAUUAUUUCCACAUGUUUCUAGAAGACAUCUGUUACUGGAACAACUCGAUCAGUGUUUGCACUGUAGAAACCUAUUCUUUAGAAACGCCUGCUUUGAGUCUGCAGAGAAUUCCCCCCUCUCUUUUUAUUAGCACUUAGGGGGUAGAGGUGAAAUCUUUGAGAGAAAAAACAUCUAAAAAGUUUUGCUGCACAGCUGGAGCAUCAAAGAAGACAUCUUGGAAAGCAGCUGCAGCAGGUUCACCGACACUAAUGACAAACAUGGAUGUGCUGUCCAAAUAUUUCCGAAUGAAGACUCUUAAUGAAAGUGUGGUUCUUCCUCUCCACCCUUAAACCCCCUUCUUGUUUUGGCAUUGGCUGCUGUCUACUGUACCAAGUACUGUAAAUCUCACACCAGCUCUGAUCUUACCUCCAUGUUAGCAACUACCGAGAAUACUGAAAAUCCAAAACGGUUUGUGUGGAGACAUUUCAGGGGGGAGGAAACAAGAAAAACGUUAGAAGGGAAGUGGUGCGUUUGCGUGUGUGUAAGUUUGAGCUCCUCUCGCAUGUUUGUAGUUUUAUUUCACAAGACGGAGAUGAAAAUUUGGUUUUAACGCUAGCUAAAUGUCUUUUUGGAGGAGGUAAUCAGGAAAGAAGAUUCAUCUGUAGGGGAUGAGUCAUCUGUUUCCUAAAGGUACAGAAAUAAAAAAAAAAGUUGUUAUUCAGGAGCAUCAAGCACCUUAAAGCUGUCGGACUCAGUAAGGAUGGAGGUUUGAGUUUUCUCGGAUUGUUUUGCUCUGAGUCUUCCUCUCUGGGUCUGGCCUUCACAGAAAAAAAAACUGCUAAUCAGCACUUCGGCUUCUGAACUACCUUUUUGCAUGAAAACAAAAUAAACCAAGCAAGCUCGGCCAUGUUUAUUGUUAUAAAACUGUCAUGACGAGAAUAAAAUUUAGCAGUUCCACUAAGUUAGUUAGCUGUAGACAAUAAUAUUUAUGAAAAAGUUGAUUUUACUCUGAAUUUUUUCACAUAGAUUGCCAUUCAUUUGAUUGCAGCUGUCAUUGCCAUAGUCCUUUUUUUUAUUUCAUUUUCUCUGUGUUCCAGUCCAAUGGGUGAAACUUUUUUUUUUAGAUUUAGUCUUUUAACUUUCUGCAUAGCACUUGUUUUCUGCAUCAGUCGUGUAAUGAAUGGUCAGUUGUUUCGUUGCGUGGAAAGGGCUUAAAAAGUCACUUUAAGUGGAGGGAAAAAAGGACUUUAACAGUCGACGAGUGCAGUUUGUUUUGUGUUCAUUUCUUACCUUGAAAUCUGUAGUUGUUUCUUUGAAAAUGUGUUUUUCCUGUUGAGAAACAUAGUGAUUUAUUGCAAAUUAAUUUUAGUUUUUCUCCAUUACACUAAAAAAAUAAUAAUGAUGAUACCUCUACUUUAGGCUUCUGUACAGCUCUUGUGAUACAUCUUUAAUGCCUUAUCGUACUCAACUGCAUUUUAAUUCUUUUAUGACAAAAUAUUUCAAAUCUUAGUCAUGGAUUCAUUAAGAAUAUUAAGGGGAUGUAUUUAUAUUUAUAUUUUUAUAUUUCUCAACAGUAUGCAUGUCUAAAAAGUUGUUAGAGCAAAAAAAAAAUCGAUACUUAUUACAGUCAUUGUUUUUGUUGUUUUAUUUUUUUGUAGAUCAAGUAGAGAUCAUGUUAUUUUAUAAUUUGGACAGUUUAAAGUAAAAAUAUUAAACAAGAAUAACUGUUUGGACUGUUUUUCCUUCAUGUUAGUUAGACUGAAAACUUAAUGUCCCAAAGAAGAUUCUAAUAAGAAACACAAACAACUUUUAGAAGGAAAACAUCAAUUUCAAACAUUGCUUUAUAUAGCCAGGAUGAAGCGAUUGGGAUCGAUCGUGAUGAAUUGAUAAUUGAAACAACUACUUUACUAAUCAAUUAACUGGAGUGUAGUCUCAAACCUAUACAAAUAAUAUAUACAUUCUGAAUUUCUGUCCCAAGAAGGAAACUGUCCAUUUACGUGACGAUCCCGCUUUAUGCAAAAUGACCAGGGUUGAAUGGAGUCGGGCUGGGCCAGGCCGAACCCUGCAGUGCAAAAAGGGCUAUCGUGGCAUGGAAGUGAUCCAUGCCACUGAACCGCCAUCUUGGUAGGCAAGAGCAGCUCAAAGCUUUGAAACCAACAAAAAGAAACUAGAGUACUAAAAAACUGUGAUUGAUUACAAGUUAUGAUGUACUUAUGUUGUUUAUUAAUUAGAUAGGAAUGAGUUGAGCUAGUUCUAAACUUUUGGCUUGUUUAUAAUGGUCAAAGCAGUUCCAUAGCAACUGCCAUGAUGACUACCAAGAUGGCUGCUUGCCACAAAGUUCCCAAAAGUGUGACAUCACAUGACAACUAUGUA